AUGCAACUUCUCCUUUGUUUCUCAGCAGUCCUUGCCUUGGCUUUGGCUUCUCCAGUCAUCCAAGAAAUUGCUCCAGUCAAGAGCGUUGAUGCUGGACUAUUAGCCUAUGCCGUUGACUUGUCCCAACCUGCCACUAAGUCCCAGUUCACAUGUCUUCAAAACAACGGAUACAGUGUAGCUUUCAUUAGAGGAUAUUCUCCAGUCAGCAACGGAGCUUUCGAUAAGAACGCCUGCAACAACAUCUUCAAUGCUUACAACGCUGGUAUGGGUACUGAGGUGUACAUGACUCCUGCUCCACUUUCAAGCAAGAGCGGAACCACUCAAUUCAACGAGAUGUACACUGGCCUCGUCAACCAAGGAAUUAACAUCAGAGCUGUCUGGAUUCAAGUUACUUCUCCAGUCAACUGGAGCUCCAACUACAACACUAACUUGAAUGUAAUCGCUAGCAUCAGAAGUGCUGCUUUUGCUAAGGGAAUUCGUGUUGGAUUCUACAGUAGCGCCUACGACUGGAGCCAAAUCACCAACAACUACACUGGAUACGCUACAUCUGGAGAUUCUCUCUGGUAUUGGAAUGUUAACGGUGGUGGACUUUCCGGAGAAACUGCCCCCAACUUCAGCGACUACUACUACUUCGGUGGAUGGGCAGCUCCAUCUGUUAAGCAAUACGCCCAAGUUGAAAGUGUAUGCAGCAUUACCGUCAACAGAGAUGUCUAUUCUACCUCCAACUCAAAUCUCCAACAAGCUAAGGUUGAUGGCAAGGGACCAGUUGUCGGAAACUUUGGUUUCUAA